ACAAGCGAUACGGCAGCGGCGUUGACAGCAGCGAUAGUAGCAGCAGCAGCAGCAGUGGCAGCAGCAGUGGCAGUGGCAGUGGCAGUGGCAGUGGUCAAGGAAACGGCAACACGAGAUUGCGCUUGUGUUGAGAGGGGACGAAUGCUUGGGUGCACGGCUUGCAUCUCUGAGCUGUUGCAUUGUGACCGGUCAAAAUGGCAAGCGCUGAAGAUGUGUGGACCUUGCGCAUCGUGUAUGCCAAGGAAAAGCUGAAACUCGAGGUGGACCCGUCCAUGACUGUCCAGACUCUCAAAGACAAAAUUUCGGACAUGACUCAUGUGCCCGGGGACAAGAUCAAGCUGAUGCACAAAGGCUUGUUGGCAGGGCCGGGCAAGCCCGAGCUGGAGAAUCGCUCGUUGGUGGAGGCCAAACUUGCCAACAAAGCGCAAAUCCUGGUUGUGGGCGCUACAUCGGAUGCUGUCAAGUCUGUGGAGCAGGUUGAUGCUUUGGCCAAGACGGGUGCUCUCAAGCAAACUGAACAAGUGGCGGCGGCAGCAGCGGCGCGCAAAACGCCAUGGGCUACAGAGACAAAGCACAAGCGCAUUUUGGAUCGUGGAGUGCCGGAUGACGCACCGCUUGCUUUCUUGCCAGGUGCUGAUCCGUUGCCCGAUGCGCCAAUUUCCGGCAUGUUGGACGGGUCGGGCGAAAAGGUGCGACUACACUUCUCGCUGACCACCAAUGAGCUCAUUAUUAGUACCAAGCGUCAGACGCGACGGGUGCCGCUGUCCAAGAUCCAGCAAAUCAAAUCGGAACCGAUUCCGUCUCUUGAACAUUAUCACAUUCUGGCCAUUCAAAUGGGGUCCACCGCUCAGUCCACGUACUUUGUCUACUACUUUCCUGCCCAAUACGUCGCAAGUGCAAAGGGCUGCGUCUUUGGUGGCCUGAUGUAGUGCCAACAUCUGGCAGAGCAUGUGGAGGUGGAGCUCCGUUGGUCAAAGGUGGACAUGUCAAAACUUGGCUUUGUCAUAACUCAACGGCGCAGCCAUCUGAUCAACCGCGCGAGCGGUUUGGUUGUGUGCGAUUGCAUCGGAUCGACAUGCGGGCACAUAGUAAGCGUGGUAGGCUCAUUGGCUGGGCGGUUCCCACGAGGUCCGAUCAAAUCUAAUUCUUUUUCUGG